ACUAUUAUGCAACUCCUAAGUUUUUGUACAUCAUGUAUUUAACUUCCACGUGUAGUGGGGUGGACACUCAUUCACAAAUACCCAUCAAUUAUAUUUUCAUCAAGUGAAAAACGCAAAUUGAGAUUAUUUUAAAAAAAUGGGAAGCAACAAUGAGAACGGAAUGACUGCUCCUUUCCAAAAAAUAUCGGACCCCACAAUCCUCUUCCCACUUUUGGAGAAACGAUUGCCGGAAUCUUGUCUGAUGUACAACUCUGUCAAAAUGUAUCCCCGAUUUGUGGAACAAGGGUCAUUUUACGCGUUGAAUGGAGAAAUUGACGAAGGAUCGUGGUUCGUGGCUACUCAUUUUAGAGAGGAUGACGGGCAAGGUUAUCACAUCUGGGCGGAUAAAGAAAAGUCAAAAAUUUCUCAUGCAGAAGCGGUCCAAAUUCUGGCAACUUGUCCACUUUUCAAUUGGGACGUACCGUUUUUCUUUUCUGGUGUACAAAUUUGGAUAUCAGAAAUUGUACAAGAGGUCAGCGUUCGUAGAAUUGGACAUUUCACCGUGACCAUUCCGUGCUACUUGUUUUACAAGGAGCUUGAGGAAUGUCUAAGUUUGGAUAUCAAAUCACCCGACCCAUCCCACAUAGAAAUAAAGCCACUGGAUAAGGACAAAGGGCUCAAAUUCAUACUCUCCGAAACUGACGGCUCAAAUGUUAAUUGCUUCAUUAAGAAUGGAAAUGAGACCGUGUGGAGUCGAUUUAUUGAGAAGAACGAGUCCGCCGGAGUUUAUGUUGAUGGGCUCCCCGUGUGCGGAAUGGUUACUCGAUCCUUCGGAAUUUUGGGGACGCUUUCGACAUUAGAAAAUCACAAGAGGAAAGGUUACGCCAGCCUCACGAUGCAGUACGCUUUUAAGGAGUUGGCGAAAAACGGAAUUAUUCCGGCAACAACGGUCGUUCCGAGGAACACGCCGUCAAUCAAGUUGCAUGAGAAAUUAGGCUGUAAAAUCGCAGCCAUGGUUGACUAUGUGGAAGUCUGGCCAUCUCUCAUCAAUAAAACUUGACUAAAAUAAUGUAAAUCUUGUGGAAAAGGACGAAGAAAUAAAAGUUUGUCUGACUCAAACCUAAUGACCUCUCGA